AUGAUGACAAAGAUUUUUCUCUCCCUGUUGGUGUUUAGUCUUUUAUCGACAACAUUAGGUAAGACCUUCAACAAGGUGAUAUGAUUUUCAUUCGCUUCAAGAUUAUAUAACUACUUCUGCCAUCACGAAUCGCACCAACGUAGCUAGUGUUGAUAACUCGAAGGAGAAUCAUUUCGGAGUCACAGAGCAAGGAAAGAUCGUUUCGUCUUCGAUUGUAGGAGAUGAAUUCAUGUCUUUACAAGUAUUCAUUCAUCUGUGUGAUGCAAAAGUGCGUUUUAUCUUUCAAGUUUACUCGCAUUCACAGUGUUUACAUUAAGGUUGGAGAAGAGAAUUGACCAUAACAUCUUGUUCAGCGCCACACUUUUGACGUUUAAAUUUUUUUGGGCUAUAUAAUGUUGAAAAAACGCUGAGGUUAUAAUCAAGAGCUUUAUUAGUGAGGUGUUCUUUAAUAAGUAGUCCAAGGAAAUUUGGGUGAUCUCGGUAAAAAAUUUCGGUAGUGCGUCUGAAAAGUCCCUUUGCGUCAUUGAUUGAUUGUAAUCGAAGCUUCGUUGUUUGACUAUUUUUCCGUUUCUUGUAAUUUAUUGAUGACGCGGUCGCUUCUCUAGCUUCAUCAGAAUCUAAAUUUACAAAAUCUGCAAUUAUUCAUCUGUACAUGUAACCAAUUAUCCUUGGAUGAACUUGGCGUCUUUCUGAACCAGGCCGAUAAACUAGGAGACAUGAACGACAAUUGAUUUCAACGGUUCAUUCGGAAAUUGGUGAAUUUCUAAUAUUCGAUCAAAGCCAGCGGCGUUAGGCAAUUCAAUUUGAGGCGACUUACAAUAAGCAAAUACCUCUCCGAUAAAACGAACAUUUUUUUUUUCAGUUUGAAAUCACAUGAUGAUCGAAACGAUCAAACGUGAUACAAUAUAGUAAAGUUGUUGUUCGUUUAAACCUACAUUCACGGGCAGAAUUUUAAUCGAUGCAAAUUAGAUGAAAGUUUAAUUUAGGUUCAGUACCAACCGAAUGCUAUGGACGGAAAAAUCGUAGUUUUAAUUUUGCUGUCUGCUGCAAAUGAAACGUUGUAAACGGGAUACCUUUUUGGUCAAACGAAUCGAUAUUGUUACCUUGUUACCUGUAGUGGGUAGUUUUAUUUUAAUUAUUGCAGGGCCGAUAUCGAGGUAGGGUUCUUGUACUUCACUUAACGUUAUUACCAAAUAUAUUUAAUUAACACUGAAGGAACUCCAACUGCCACAGGAGUUUCACGGGAAGAGGAGAAAUUUUUGUUGUUUUGCAGAGGGUGGCUCAAAGUUUUUAAACGCUCGAGUAGAGCUAUUUUUCUGUCCAUUAGAUUUUUUUGUUUUGUCAUACUUUCGUUGCUGUUUGCUUAACGAGGUCUCUAAUAUAAACGCCGGCGGAGAAAAAAUUCGAAAGUCCAUAAUUCUUUGUUUCCCUAAUUCCUUGUUUCCUUGUUUCCCUGCUUACCUGCUCCCCUGCUUCCCUGCUUCCCUGCUUCCCUGCUUCCCUGCUUCCCUGCUUCCCUGCUUCCCUGCUUCCCUGCUUCCCUGCUUCCCUGCUUCCCUGCUUCCCUGCUUCCCUGCUUCCCUGCUUCCCUGCUUCCCUGCUUCCCUGCUUCCCUGCUUCCCUGCUUCCCUGCUUCCCUGCUUCCCUGCCCCUGCUUCCCUGCUUCCCCUGCUUCCCUGCUUCCCUGCUUCCCUGCUUCCCUGCUUCCCUGCUUCCCUGCUUCCCUCUUCCCUGCUUCCCUGCUUCCCUGCUUCCCUGCUUCCCUGCUUCCCUGCUUCCCCUGCUUCCCUGCUUCCCUGCUUCCCUGCUUCCCUGCUUCCCUGCUUCCCUGCUUCCCUGCUUCCCUGCUUCCCUGCUUCCCUGCUUCCCUGCUUCCCUGCUUCCCUGCUUCCCUGCUUCCCUGCUUCCCUGCUUCCCUGCUUCCCUGCUUCCCUGCUUCCCUGCUUCCCUGCUUCCCUGCUUCCCUGCUUCCCUGCUUCCCUGCUUCCCUGCUUCCCUGCUUCCCUGCUUCCCUGCUUCCCUGCUUCCCUGCUUCCCUGCUUCCCUGCUUCCCUGCUUCCCUGCUUCCCUGCUUCCCUGCUUCCUGCUUCCCUGCUUCCCUGCUUCCCUGCUUCCCUGCUUCCCUGCUUCCCUGCUUCCCUGCUUCCCUGCUUCCCUGCUUCCCUGCUUCCCUGCUUCCCUGCUUCCCUGCUUCCCUGCUUCCCUGCUUCCCUGCUUCCCUGUUUCCAAUCUCAAAGCAGCUGAAAUAGUUUUAAAAAAAAAAAAAACACAUAUACUCUUCUUCCUAUUUGCUGUCAAACAAUUUCAUUUAUUUAAUAUUGAUUAUCAUUGAUUAUUCACAAUCAACUGAUUUUUUUCCCCGCAGGUUGGCAAGACGAAUGUCGUCUUGAACUGGUGCCCAAUUUUCCUCUUCCUAUCAAAUGUAACGCCACGUCUUACAACUGUGACCAAAUCACGUGUUCAAUUCCCUUCAGUCGCGAGGAUAUCACAGUGACUGUGAACUUUGAAACAUGGGAUGAUCCCAUGAGUGCUGACGUCACCAUGUCAGUUCCGAAGCUUGGAUUUGAUUGGUCGGCCAGGGUAAAAAAUGGAGAGGAAAUUGAGGUUCCCGGAUUCCCACUGGAUAUUAAAGGAUUACCAUUCGGAAAAGUUGAUGCUUCCAUUCGAGUUGCAAUGACGAAAAAUAAUGGCACCCUAAGUUUCAAGGUAAACUGCACUCUCAUUUCCAUUUGAAGAACUGUUUCAACCCCAUCUCCCUCAAAAAGUUCUCUUUUAGUUGAUAUUAAAGUCAAGUACAUUGAUUUUUAAAAUUCAUCUGAUAUUUUUUCUCGAGCGCGAUUGAUAUAAACGCAUCAUGUGAUUGAAUAUGCCCGAGCUAACGCUAAGAAUACCUGAGGACAUCCCCAAGUGAUAUUCCCCAGUUUUCAAAGCAUACGUUUACUUCGAUAAAAGCAUUCAUUAAAUUUCAAUUCAAAAUGAGAGAGCGUUAAGCUAUUGUCACAGAACAAGCGACAUGUUUGUUUGUUAAUUAAGUCCUACCACAGAACACUGAAAAGUAAACAUCCAACGAACAAACAGAAACUAAACGUUUGAACGUGUCCUUUAGUAGCAUGUCGUAAUGAUGUGGGAUAUUGAUCAAAUGAAGCCUUUAAGUGCUACUGUGGUUCUUUCUUUAUUCACUCCGAGCUUUCGCCGUUCUACGGUAUCAUCAGGGAGCAUGAUCCCUGAUGAUGCCGUAGAACGGCGAAAGCUCGGAGUGAAUAAAGAAAGAACCACAGUAGCACUUAAAGGCUUCAUUUGAUCAAUAUCCCAAAACAGAAAGCUGUUUGCUUACGUUUUACACCCGCAUUGCAGGUGAAAAAAGGAUGAUAAACACAUUUAAUUUAGUCUCCAUUUGGCACAAAAAUGUGCUCGUGUAGUUGUUCCUGAACAUUAUCUUUUCCUCGAAGCUCGCAGUUUUUCUCGAGCUUCACUCUCAGAAACUCUUCGCAUCUCGGAUCAGAUGAUGUCCGCGGACAAAUAUCCGAAAAUAUUUUCGUGCCAAAUGGAGGUUAUUGUUUAUAUAUCUCGAGUGAAAUUUUCAAAGUUCAAUAAUUCUUGUUUUACAACUAGAUUGACCUGGUAGGCCGGGCAGAAUUGACAAAGAAGCCUUACACAGUAACACUCAUUGAAGGAAAAAUUCCAGCCAUUGAGGAGCCUCAAAUGGUAGUGUGCGGGUGUAAGUUAGAUUCCUGUUAUCCGGUAAAGUUACGCCCAUUCUGUUAUCCGUGUCCUCUUUCUUAAAUUAAAUUUGAAAAAUUUUGUUACCACGCCCACAAUGUUUUCGGCGCUCAUCGUGUUUAAAAAGAGCGAUCUUACGUUUAUUUUUACUGAAGUCUGAUUAUUCGUUUGAUAUAUUUUAUCCACUUUUACUUGAAAUUUAGGUUUCGCAGACUGAAACUUAUUCUCAUUUUUAAAAAGGGAUCUUACUUAAAUAUUUCAAGAAAACUCGACCUUAUUCUGACUUUCAAGCAAAUUCGAUGUUCUGACCUUCGGCAUACCCCCAAAGUCUCCUUUUUGCUGCAGAAAAGCGUCAGAUUUACUUCUGUAACAAACGUAAGUUUCUCAUAACCAAACAAGUUGUUUUGUUUCAAUCGGGCACAUGGCUUGUUCCCAGUCGUUUGCCUAGUUCACACAGCGCGUAAAAGGUGUAUAUGGAAAGGGAUGAUGGGAAGGAAACCAUGCGUUCCAGUCUCAUUCUUGUUGGCCUUCCGCGCCAUGAAGAUACCGUUGCGCGAAGAGGCAAGGGGGUUUUUCCUUAGUAUACUAAUUUCUUUUUUCUUUUAUUUUUCAGGGCAUAUCAACAGAUUUAAAAAAUUGCGCGCGCCGUAUAAGGCGCUGAUAAUAUCAAGUGCCGUGGCGUUCUUGGUUUUGUUUUCAAUCACCGUGGCUUAUUGCUGCAGGAGGAAGCGAGCCACUACCACUGGCCAUGUUAAGGUCAUGCCGCCAUCCUAUGACGAGGCUACCUCUACCAAAACCAAAGUCCCGAUGCAGCCGCUGGUCAACGAAAUUUAAGUCACAAGUGAGAGCAAGAGCGACCUUAAACGAGUUAUAACAUUAACACCGAGUAUUUACUUGUAGUUACUUAGUUUUUUCUAAUAUCGUUCUAUUUUAACUGUUGUUGGUUUUAUUCUGAGUUACUUAUGCAGUUUUGGAUCCUUAGGGUCCGUUUUCAAGUCGUAGAAAUGCUAUUCUCAUCAAUGUAUUUCAAACGAGGAAGUCAUGUAUUUUUAGUAUAUACAAUAAAGGUUUUCUUUUUGACUGUUGCCAUUGGAAAUAAGAGUGAAAGCAUGGGUAACGUGUGCACUCUCACUGUCACAUUUCUUGAUGAGUUGUAUCAUAAAACAUUUGACAUUUUUAAUCAAAAACUUUUGAUAGGAUCAUAGACAAGGAUCCACUUUGAUAUUCCACCGCUGGACAAUAAACGAAGUGUUAAAAACACCAAGUUGUCUCUGACUUAACAUCUUGCUAAUAUUUCAUUUAUAUUCAUAAAUAUUUGCUCUGUUGAAAAGUGUCUGUGAAGGAGAGUAUUUUUUUUUAGAAUAUUAAAUAUGUCAAUUUACCAUCUUCUAAUGGUUUACAGUAGCAUUGCAUCAGGCGAGGUGAAUUGAAUGUUAACACAAGACACAAAACAGACGGAUGAACCAGAAUUAAACUCUAUCCUACUUCUCUGUUACCCCUCCUUAAAACCCCUAAAAUCCCUUUUUGCGUCUAUGUACACUCACAAAACCUCUCCUCCCACUUAAUCUCUUUCUCAACAGAAGCGCCCUAGGGUUCUUCGUAUGAUAUAACCAAUCAUAAUAUUUACUUUUUCUGUAUCAAUAAAUAUAGCGGUUACCCCCUAUGUAAGUAUUUUCACGUGAUGUGCAGUUGCGUGUCAAUAAUUCCUCCAACUUUCGCGAAAUCUUAAUUUAAGUGCAUUACGUUCAGUUGUUUUGAUCAAUUUAGCCUUCUCUUUGUUUAUUGCAGUAACUCAUUGGUUCAGGUGUUCUAAGAAAAUGAGUACCUCUUUUGUUCCCUUAUUUAUUUUGCUUUGGUUGCCUGGUAACCGUAUGACGGAAAUCCGUGAGAGGUCUAGUGAUGAAUAUUUAUUAUCAGGUGUCAGUGUGUGGCGAAGACGAAAAGAUGGAGAUGAAACUUUGCAUUGCAUUGUUUAUUUUGGGCCUGGUUUCCACUGUUUUGGGUGAGUUUUUUUUACAGAUGAAACAGGAAGUUGAAAGCAAAUUAUUUGAAUUUAGAUUUAUGAGAAAAUACUGAGCUUAGUCUCACAUUUUCGUGGUAUUUUCGAUAAGCUGUAUUGCUGAAGGCGAUUUGAAACCUGAACAACAAAGCAGUUAUGUAAUAUUCUGUGCAAAACCUCUUGGAUUGGCGUCACCUUGCAAUGAUUUUAUCCUAUUACAUAGAGGAUAUGUGCAUUUAGGCUAAGAAAAAUUUUUGCGUUAAAAUUUUUCAGACUAAAAUCUGCAGUGAAACGAAGCAAGCUUCUUCAUUCGGCCCUGUAACCACUUGGAGAGCUUAUUAGGCUAUACGCAUGUUGUGGUUAAUGGUGCUCGCGGCUAGAAUUUCUGCGCUAUGUCGACGUCUCUCAUAACUUUUGUAGCUUGCCUUUAACUUUUAAUCGAACUACUUUGUAGAAAUUCGUGCAUGUCGUUUUUAAGCUGCAAAACACGGUAUAUGGCAGCUGUUUUUGUCCUGUGACGUAAUGUUAAUGCUGCAGAGUUUGCAUGCAUAAAAUUUCUUACUUCAUCGAAAAUUAUUGUCCUAUGUGCUUGCACCGUGGGUUGUUAUUUAUUUCUUCAAAAUAUAUUCUUCUAUAUGAGCGUUUUUCUAGAUCUACGAUGUUAUUUUGGUUUCCCGAUGAAAAAAUUGAUUCGAAAGUUGCUGCGUCAUUCGGUUUCCACUCCAACUUGGUUCCGCUUGACCUGCUCGGAACCUCUGUAAUGACAGUUGAAAAACUCAUUGCUGUAUUUCGAUUUUCGUCGGCUCCUAGCCUCAAAUAGGAUGCAGUUUUGCUCUGUAAAGAGCGAAGAAAAUGUCUUCAACUAAAAAACAGCCUCACUUACCCACCCCUAUUUCCUUACAUCACAUUUACUUGGACCCUACUUCGUCCACAAGCUACAACUACAUAACAGUAGCGGUAACGAAUGGAUUCCCGCUAUCUCUCCACAUUGAUAAAGGUUUUCCGGCUCGUUAAUUGAAAGCAGUUAAUUUUUAUGUGCAUCCUUCCUUUUUUCAUUUUAGCUCAAGUAAUUCAUGUCGUCCGACUUUCAGCUGUGUAAGAAACAUUAGCUUAACCAAAACAAGCUGCCGACUCGAUUGUUACUUAAUUUAGAAAACUUCCUCCUUUCUUAGGAAACUGUCGUAUUAGUGAAUUUGUCAUAUUAGAGAGCGUUAAUAAUGCAAGAAUAAUGUAACAUUACCGGUUGCAACUGGCCUCAGCUUGUUUUAGGUUUUUCUUCGCGCGAGUCCGGUUUUCGCACCCGAACAGCGCUGGUCACGGAUCAAGCUUCGUGCCAUUUCGUUUAGGGACAGGCGACACAAUAUAUUUCUUGCAAUCAGGUUACUUAGAAGAAUUUGUGACUUUCCUUGUAUUGGCAGAAUCAAAACCACCUUUGUAUUACUCUGCAAUGUUUUGAAAGAAAUUGCAGGUUUCCCUCAAUGUAAUUAUCCGCGAAGUCGCCAUAAUUCGAGAAAUUCUUUGAAUGUUUGUCGCCAGAGGCAAGAAUUCGACUACCGAAGAAAAACCAAGUUCGCCUAGCGAGCAGAGCUAGAGGAAAAAAAACUCAAAUUCGUUCAUAAAACCUAGCACUCGAAGAAAGAUAUUUAUCGAAAUUCAACCGCAGAUUUUAGUACAGGAACCAUCUGUCAAACCAGCGGUCCGUUACUAGAGCUAGAAGUUAGAUAUUCCGGCCUGAGAUAACUUUCAUCAGAACAAUUUGCGUGCUUUUCUUAGGAAGCUGAGUGAAACAGCCCUUAAGCUGAUUUUUCCUUUCGUUAAAUCCUUCUGUUUUGAGAAGAGUUCAAGUUAUCAAACAAUUACGAAGAGGGUGGCAAGGAGGGGGGGUCCUGAUACCAUUCCACGCACGAAAUUAAGAAAAAUUCACGCGUCACGUGUUCUCUAGACAGUAUUUAACGCGUCACGAAUUUAGGGUUAGUGCAAAUCUCCUGUGUGUUUCUGUGUGUGCUCGUUGUUUAGAAAGUUGUAAGAAACAUUAGGAUUUAGCCACAUUUUGUUGCGAUUAUUACGCUUAGAACAAGUUAAGGCGCUUAUCUCAGGCUUCAGAACAACCUGCCAUCCCAAAUCUAACAAGAAUAAUUUUAAUUCAUCUCAGCUAAAGGUGGACACCAUAGCCGUGGUGAUAAAGAUCGUCACAGAAAGGGAAAGGGUGAAGAGCAUCCUAAAUGCCCUGAACCGAUCACAUCCAACAAAUUGCCUUUCCAAUGCACCGUAUCUGGGAAGUGCGACACCUUCUCCUGCCACCGUGAAAUUUUGGGUAAAACUGUGAAGGUUUUCCUAAUGAUUGACAGGUCCAAAGAACCACUGAGCGCGGAGAUCAAAGUAUACGUUCUGUCGCCUAAGUUCGACUGGUCACACACCUUCCAAAGUGGGGACAAGUAUGAGGUGGAAGGUUCUCCAGUGAAGGGCAUGUUUGUGUCCUUGACAAUGGAAAAAACCGCGAAAGGAAUUGCUUUCAAGGUAAAGAUGCUGACAGAGUAUUGUAUCGAUUAUCUUUGAGAGGUUGUUCCAACAAAUAAAUAUUUUAAGGAUCGUGUGAAAGGCAACGAAUAGAAAUAUUUUUUUAUACUUAGAAGCGAUUUUGCAUCCAAGCUCCGUUUUUCUCUGUACACUUUUUCUCGCGCCAAUCAAUGGAAAAAUAUUGUUGUUAAUCUUGUCUUGUCUUGUCCAGCAUUCAAUUUUUUAUUCUGAAUAUCCAGGGAUGAAGGUGAUACAAUCCGUUUUAUCUUGUUUCACCAUUUUCUCUUCAGCUGGACUUGUCUGUGGAUGGUAUAGAGUUGGACGAGCCAGUGUUACAAGGAAAACUGCCAAUGGGGGGAGAUUAUGAUGACGAGGGACACCAUGAUGGGCACAAAGGUCAUCAUAAGGGACGAUGCAGCAGUAAGUACUCAACUCCAUCGUUAGCACUGCCUGUUUCUCUUUGUAGUCUGGGGACAAGAAAAGAAAGUUUGUGGGGGAGAGAGGGGUGGGAAUUUGGGCGCAGUUAAAAGGAGAGAGCUCCAAGAUAAAGAGUUGGUGACGAAAAGUAUAUUUCCUGUUAACAAAGCAGAGUGACUCAAACCUUUCGAUCGAGAGAAGGGCGCGCUAAGCAUUAGGUAACCGCGCCUCUAGUGGAGCGGUCUGCUAUCAUAACGCAAUCAUCGUAAGUAAGAGAUUAUAAAAGAGAGAGAACAGUUUAUAACCUCUUGUCGUAAGUAAUACCGUUGUUUUCUUUUUCAGGGGCUUAUGCCUGGUUUAAACGCCAACCUGGAGCCGUUAAGGCUGCUGUUAUCAUCAGCGCCAUCUUAGGCUUGUCCUUGUUGAUUUCUGGUAUGGUUUACUGCUGCAAGAAGCGCCGAGCCACACCCAUUGGCGCCCUGAAGGUGAAGCCUCCAUCCUAUGACGAGGCCACGAGCGAGGUCAAGUCCAAGGUUCCCAUGGAACCGCUGGUCAACGAGGAGUAA